UCAGGGGCAGUUUGGUCCUUGCGUUUAUUUUUGAGAGACGGUCUGUCUGUCCCUCUCUCCUCCUCAGGCGUUCGUUUUCCCUUAUCCAAUUAUCACUACACUUCUUAAACUCUUUCUGAAGCUCCCGCUAUUCUGUUCUGGAGAUCGUUCUGGUUCUAUCACUGUCUUCCUCUCAUCUAAUGCUUCUUUAGUUGCUUCUAUCUUUCUAUCUACUUGUUCAUGUAGACACAGAAAGUUAGAAAAUUAAUACAGAGAAAAUGGCGUGUCUGCUGCCACAAUUCAAGUGCUCACCAGAUACUAUUUCCAUCCAUUUCAGAACCCACCAACUUCAACACCACAAACACCACCACUGUAACAAUAACCACUCAAAAUCGAGAGAUCUUCUUUCCUUCCAGACACAAUGUGUUCUUUCCACAACAACAACAGCUAUGACAACUACACUGGUUGAUGUGGAGAAGCUGAGAAUGCCUUCUUUGGAAUCUCAUUCAAUCUCAGUAGCAUCUGACAGACCCUUGUCUUAUAUUGGGGCCACCGGUCCACCCACAAAGGCCAGUUUUGAAGCAACUUUGGCCAUGGAAUCACUUAUUACGGGAGAUGAGGCUUUGAUUGCUGCUGCUGCUGCUGAAGCAGUUGCUCUAGCAAAAGAAGCAGUUGAGGUUGCUAAGGAUGCAGCUCUCAUGGUCAACGAUAAAUCUUCUUCAGAAUCAGAAAAUGGGCCUUCAGAUUUUUCAUCUGAAUCUCACAUUUUCAGACUUGAGAAGGCUCAACUUACUGAAACACAAGAAGUUGGCAGAAUAGAUCAUUCUGUAGGAUUAGAAUCAAGACAAGAGGAAGAACAAUCCGUGCAAUUUUCCAACAAAGACUCUGAUGGUUUGGACUCAUCAGAUGAAGAAUUCAAGCUCUUGCAGAUGCAGCUUUUGAAAAGCAUAGCUGUGAGAUCAGGGCGUCAGACAGAAAGACAAGCCAGAAGAGCAAGGGCAAUGGAAAAAGCUUCUACAAAUGUUUUAUCUGUGAAGUCUGGACAUUCAAGCAGGAAAAGGCGUGCUGCUUUACAAGAUAUAGACUACUCUGAUCCCUUGCGUUACUUGAGAGGGACUACUAGCACUUCUAGGCUUCUCACUGCUACUGAAGAGCUUGAGUUGUCAGAAGGAAUACAGGACCUGUUGAAGCUAGAAAAGCUCCAUGAAGAGCUUGCAGAACGAUGUGGUGGUCAACCCACUUUUGCUCAAUGGGCAGCUGCAGCUGGGGUUGAUCAGAAGACCCUGAGAAAGCGCUUAAACUAUGGCAUUCUUUGCAAAGACAAAAUGAUUAAGAGCAACAUUCGGCUUGUUAUUUCUAUUGCAAAAAAUUAUCAAGGAGCAGGGAUGAACCUCCAGGAUCUUGUUCAGGAAGGAUGUCGUGGUCUUGUAAAGGGUGCUGAGAAGUUUGAUGCUUCAAAGGGCUUCAAAUUCUCAACCUAUGCACACUGGUGGAUUAAACAGGCAGUUCGGAAGUCUCUCUCAGACCAGUCCAGGACAAUUCGCUUACCGUUUCACAUGGUCGAAGCAACUUAUCGAGUGAGGGAGGCCAAGAAGCAACUAUAUAGUGAGAAUGGAAGACAUCCCGAUAAUGAAGAAGUUGCAGAGGCAACAGGGUUGUCAAUGAAGAGACUCACUGCUGUGCUACUUACCCCAAAAGCUCCUAUAUCUCUUGAUCAGAAGAUUGGGAUGAACCAGGAUAUGAAACCUUCGGAAAUUAUUGCAGAUCCGGAUGCAGAAACAGCUGAAGAAUUGCUGAUCAAGCAAUUCAUGAAACAAGAUUUGGAGAAGGUGCUGGAUAGUCUUAAUCCAAGGGAGAAACAAGUAAUUAGGUGGAGAUUCGGGAUGGAGGAUGGAAGAAUGAAGACGCUGCAAGAGAUUGGGGAGUUGAUGGGUGUGAGCAGAGAAAGAAUCCGACAGAUAGAAUCCUGUGCCUUUAGGAAGCUGAAGAAUAAAAGGAGAACAAAAAAUUUACAGCAAUAUGUAAUUUUAUAAGCCCCACAGUAAGAUGCUUGACGGGGUUGUCCAUAUUUAUUUUCUUUCCUUUGUUAAUCUUUCUUUUUUUCCAUCAAUGGGAAACAUAUCUUAUUCAUACCUUUUUGUAAUGAACAUUUAAUUUAUUCCAUCACGAGAAAUCAGUUCGGUAGAGAAAUAAAAUUUGGAGUUAGUAUAUUUCAUUA